AUGAUGAUUUGGUUUGAGAAAACGAGAACUAUUCAAUCCGUAUGAAAUUAGAAGUUGACAUAUAGUUCGUUGAACGAUACAAAGCGACUGUUUGUAUUUAAGCAAUUUUUAUUUAUCUUAAUUGAGACUGAGAGACAUAAAAGGUAAAUUAGUCUUCAUAACUUCGUAAUUUUUGCAUGAUUUGUUAUUUAACUAUAGAUAGUUGCUAUAGUCAUUUUUCGAUUUAUCAUAAACAUAUCCGCCCUUUUAUUGAAGUCGCGAGUAAUUGAUCUAACAAGUGACUAGAACUUAAGAAGUGAGUAACGACUACGAAUUAAGAAUUAAGAGGAUUCUUAUUGGAAUUUUGGAAGCAUAAUAAUGGCAGACUUGGAAGAAAAAGUUAUAAUGACCCCAAAGAGUAAAACACCCACAUCUACUACAUUGAUAGUUGAAAGGAAGGUAAUAGAAGCAGAGCCUAGUGAUAAAAUACAUGUAGCUGGAGGUGAUCACACUGGUAUCAUAAUAAAUAAGGAAAAAGUAUAUGAAAAUGGUGUAACAGAACCAUGCCAUGCCCAGCUAGAAUUCUGUGUUUAUUUGGUAUCUGCUGUAACUGGUAGUCAUACACGAGAAGCAAGAGCACUCCGGUUUUGGUUCAAACCUGAAGUUACUCAAAAUGAAUGUCCCCAUGAGGCACAAGCUUUCUUCCGUGAAUUAGUUAGCCCUCAAGACUUUCCUAAAGAUUAUGUUGGUUUUAUAAAGAAGAUAAUAAAGCUUAUGCAAAAUAAAUAUCACCAACUAAAACUUUUAGAAGUUGAACUAAGACAAGAAGGAAGUGGUCCACCGCCUCCAGAAGCAAAUGGCGAUAUUACGAGUAAGGCAAUUAUAUACAAGUAUUAUAAUGGUUCUUUCAUCGAAGACACAGUAAACCAAACCUUUAUAUCUGAGCAAAAGGUACUAGAUAUGAUCGAAAAUGCCUAUCCUAAUCCUCUCUCUGUUGAAGACUUUGUGACUGCUGGAAAAUGGUCGAAGACUGAAGUAAAAGAUGCUCUAGAGUCAUUGGAAGAAAAAGGUUUAACCCGUUUAAUGUCCGACGGCGUGUAUGUACGUCAGCACAGUAUCGACACACAAGUGGUGAAACAAAUGCCUACAUUAUGCUCGUCGCGACAGCCGACCAUAGCCGUUGUGACGGCUCUGUACUGCGAGAAACAAGCCGUCGAUGCCAUGAUGGACAAUCAAGAGACGUAUGUCCGAUACACUACUGUCGGCGAAUCAAAUGUCUAUACAUUGGGUACUAUUGGCAGUCAUCGAGUUGUCACCACUAAGUUGCCAUCAGUUGGAAGAACUAGAGAAGCAAUGACAGCAGCCGGAAACACCACAACCAGACUUCUUGGAAUUUUCCAGAAGGUGGAUUACGUGUUUUUGGUAGGCGUAGGCGGAGGGGUUCCACACUAUACGGACUACUCGAAGCAUGUGAGGCUCGGCGAUGUUGUUGUUUCGACGCCCGCUUCAGAUUUGCCAGAUAAGUACGUGUAUAUAUUCUGCGAAAAAGCGGAACGCAAUGACAAAGGUGGAUUUGACUACGAGGUGAAACCCUACAAGCCAGCGGACUACCUCUUGCAGGACAUCGCUUUACGACUCGCAACUACAUCUGCUUCAUGGAACACUUAUGUUAACGAAGGAUUAAAUCGUCUCCGGGGCGUUCCGGGAAGAUGGGAGCCCCCGGAACAAGCUACGGAUCGCUUGUGCGUGGAUGUCGGUGGAGGAGCUUUCAUAGAAGUGUCUCAUCCGGCGCCGCAAGGUGAAACUAUCCGCAGCGCGCGCGUGCACUGCGCGCCGGUGGCGGGCGGGCGCGCCGUGGCGAGCGCGGGCGAGGCGCGCGCCGCCUUCGCUGCGCAUGCGCGCGCACUCGCAUACGACUGCGAGCUGGACGCCGUGCUCGACAGCGUAGUCGGCAACUGCAAGGACUGCUUCAUAUCUAUCAGGGGUAUCUCCGACUAUCGCGACGGCACCCGCGGCAAGGAUUGGCAGCCGCACGCCGCCCUGACCGCGGCCGCCGUCAUGAAGGCGAUCAUUACCGCCAUGGCGCCUCCCACAGAGUAAACACGGACACGGUAACGAAUCAUAAUAAUUGUGGGCCUCAAAUACUUUAUAGAAGUAAAACAAUUAUUUAUUAACUUAUUGGUCUUUUGGACCGUUUCGAUAUGCGGCCUAAUACGUAUAUAUAACACAUCAUACUAAAUUAUAUUUUGUCGAUGCUUCAAUCGCUUUAAAAAUUGAAAUUACAACUGACGAUGAGUACAGUCAAUAAACAAUCUAAGACGCACAGAGAUUUUAAUAUUUAAAAAAAAAAUCAAAAACAUUCAUAGAGUACUGCAUUUCGAAUCUUUACAGAAUUUAACUGAUCGACGUCUUUGUUAUUAACACUUCAUAUAGAAUUAGAAGAAACAUAUAUUUGUAGUUAAAAUUAGACGAGAUUACAGGUCCACUUGCCUUACUUAACUUGUUAGAAUUCUAGUAUAUAGAACUUUUUUAUUUAUAUACUAUUAAACAGUAGUUAUACAUCCGAUUUUUAAUGUUACAACUUUAUUAACGUUACAUCGUAAUACACAAUAGAAUUCCUCACAUUAUCUAUUUAAAAUAUCUUCAAAUAAGUUAUCAGUUCUUCUAAUGUUGAAAAAUGUAUCUACGUUAAGUUUUUAUAGGCCUUCCAUAAAUAAUAAUGAAUUUUCUAAGCGAGAGUAGUAUUUCUGUUUUUUAACUACUCUUGAAUAUUUGACACUGUUGAUUAUGAUUUCACUUUUUCCAUUUUACAAUUAUAUACUGCCAUGUGUCUUCUUAUAUUAAUAAGGUUUUCGUGUCACGUUCAUAGGGUAAAAAGUGUAACCAGUAGAUUAAGAGGGAACAAUAAUUAUAGCGAGUUAUUAUUGAGAAAAGUCCCUUUAAUAUAUACAAUAUUAAAAUGACGUGCUAAUGCAGUUCACAAAGUUACCAAAGUUUAAAAAGUCACCUAAUUCAUUAUUUAUUGUUUGGACAAAUUAAAAGUUAAAUGAAAACUUUUUUACUAUUUUAUUGCCAGAACAUAGAUUAUAGAAAAAAUAUAGACUAACUUAAACUAUUCCUCUGCCAUAAAUGGCCUAUUUAUGUAGGAAAAUAUUUAUAUUCAGAAAUUGAAAUGUUUUACAAUUUGUUGUGAAAACCAAAGGUUUUACUUUCGGCUGUUUUACACAGGACUAGUCGCCUGGUAUGUUACAUUUAUUUACACAUAAUAUUAAACUUAGAUAUACCUUAUACACAGUAUAUUUAUAAAACUAUUUGAUAUAUAUAUGAACGUUGAAUUUGAAUGUUUUAAUCAUUCAUUAAAAUUUGUUACCCCUUGUGAGCAAUGUUGUGAUUAACAUUCGUUUCAUUACAACUUGUACAAAAUUAUUUCCCUCAUUUUAAUGGGUGUGUUUUGAAUCUGGUAACAUUAGUAGCAACGAUUAUCAAUUUGAUUUGAAAAAAAAAAAUACCGUUUAUUAAUAGUAAUAGUCAGCCGAAAAUAAGCGCUACGUUAUUUUAUUUUGUACAAUUUUUAAUGAAAUGAACGGACCAUUAUAAUGUAGUUAUAGCAUUUUCAAUAGUCUCAAGUAGACAUAUUAGAUUAGACAUUAAUCAUUAUUCAUUACACAUAUAAUUACUAAACUUUGACAUUUAAUCAUUGACCAUUCAAUAUUUUUUUAUAUCAACUCAUAUUUUAUACGCAUUCAUUUAAUAUUAGGAUGACAUUUGAAAUUUGUUACUUUGUAUUGUGAUUCCAAUGUUAUAGUGAGAUAUUCGUUUUGUAUUCAAUCAGUAAGUUAUUUAAAAUAUUAAUUUAAUUAUAAUUGAUUACUGUUGUAUUAUUUACUGUAUAUUUGAGUGUCUUUUUCGUGUUACUCUUUUCUAUUUUGUAAUCGCACAAAUAAAUUAUUAGUAAAA